AUGAUGAUGAUGAUGAUGAUGAUGGUGGUGGUGAUGAUGAUGAUGAUGGUAGUGGUGGUGGUGGUGGUAUCGCAACAGGCCAGUGAGCCGGUCAACAAGCCAGCGAAUGGGGUUAUUUUGAAGCAACAGUGUGGACAGAAGAUCAGAUGCAUGGGAGUGGUUGGACGUCGUUUGCUGUGUGUGUGUGUGUGGGGGGGGGGUUUAUUGUUUAUUUUGUUUGUCGUACAAAUGGACUGCUUUCUGUUCUGCUUCUCCUGCUUUCGUCAGCUUCACUUGUAUCUAUCCCCGUGUUCUCUUCAUACAACAUGUGUGCACUUCCUCUUUUUGUCUUGUUUGCAAGAGUGUGUGUGUGCGCGCGACAUGUCUGUGGAUGUACGUGUGUGUGUGUGCGCGCGCGUGUGUGUGUACAUGUCUGUGCAGAGCUAAAGCAAUUCGUUCGUCGA